UUUAACAGGAGUUUUACAGCAGGUUACCGUAUAAGUAGGGAAAGUCGACACGUAUCCUAAUUUAGUAAUUUAAACAACAUCUAUUAUAACCAUGGCCCGCAAAAUUGCUGCAACUAAAUCUAAAGCAGUUGAGAAAGAAGAAAAGUCAAAAGCAGACCAACCUGAAGAAAUGGAAACCAAACAAACUGAGUUAUCCCAAGAAGAAAUUGACGUUCUGUCUGUAGAAGAUGUGAGAGAACAACUUGUUUUAAUCGAGAGAUCAGUGAAUUCACGUGAACAUCGUCAUACACUUCGUGUUAUCCGUGUUUUGCCAACUACUCGUAAAAAGUUGAACCUUAACAUGGUGUCAAGGAUGGUUAAAAUGUUUUUCAACGGUCGGCAACCCACGGACGAAGCUUCAAAGAGUGAACUCUUCUCUUGCUUGGAAGAGAGCAUGGAAACAGAGGCUGGUGAACCAGUGAAGACUUCGCGACAAGCUAAAGUACCAAGGAUACCUGAGACUGAGAUCUAUGUUUAUCUACUUGUUCUUAUUUAUCUUAUAGAUAGUAAGUCUCACAGUCUCGCAAUGAAACUUUCCAACAAAAUUGUAACGAAACUCGUGAACGAGAAUCGACGGUCGCUUGACUCUCUUGCUGCAAAAUGUUAUUUCUAUUAUAGUCGAGUCUAUGAACUUAUAGGAAAGCUUGAAGACGUUAGAAGUGUUCUCCAUGCCCGACUACGUACAGCAGCGUUAGUGCACGAUACUGACACACAGGCAACACUGCUCAACUUGUUGUUGCGUAACUACCUGCAUUACAACUUGUACGAACAAGCAGAGAAACUUGCUUCCAAAUCAACCUUUCCAGAAAUGGCUUCAAAUAAUGAAUGGGCACGUCACCUUUAUUACACAGGUCGUGUAAAAGCGGUCCAACUUGAAUAUUCUGAAGCUCGCCGCACGCUUGUAACAGCUCUAAGAAAAGCUCCACAAUCAAGUGCUGUUGGAUUCAAACAAACUGUUACCAAGCUUUCUAUUGUGGUUGAGUUGCUCCUUGGGGAAAUCCCCGAACGUGCCCAGUUUAAACAGAAUGACAUGAAGAAAUCACUUGUCCCUUAUUUUGAUCUCACUCAAGCGGUACGAACUGGUGACCUAAGUGCCUUCAAUGUUGCGUUGGAGAAACAUGCGGAAGCUUUCCAGCGUGAUCGUAACUACACGCUGAUACUUCGUGUUCGACACAAUGUAAUCAAGGCUGGUGUACGUCGUAUAUCAAGCGGCUAUUCAAGGAUCUCGCUCUCAGAUGUUGCAGCUAAACUACAACUGGAUUCAGCAGAAGAUGCGGAGUUUAUUAUUGCUAAGGCGAUAAGAGACGGAGUUAUUGAAGCUGAAAUGAACCACGAGGAAGGUUAUGUACAAACCAAGGAUGUUAGUGAUGUGUACAGCACACAGGAACCACAGAAAGCUUUCCAUGAUCGGAUAUCAUUCUGUCUUGAUAUUUAUAAGAACUCAGUUAUGGCCAUGAGGUUUCCACCCAAGGCUUACCACGUUGACUUAGAAAGUGCUGAAGAACGUCGUGAGCGUGAACAACAAGAUAUCGAGUUUGCGAAAGAAAUGGCUGAUGAAGAUGACGAUUUCCCGUGAUCUACUACGCCGUGAACUCCUCACGAUCAUAAGAACGAUUUUGUAUUAACGCAUAUAUGUUUAAGUUCAAAUUGUAGGAGAUUUUGGGCAAAAAAUUUUUUUCGCUGCUUCGAUAAAGGAUUGCAACAAAAUAAACACCUUUUGCGUUUGUCGCAUGUUGUGGUAUCCAUUACUAUUGUAUGUUAACUGUAACCUUACUGCAGCGUUUGUAUACUGAAACCCAGGGCAAAAAUACACGGUUUCUAUAUGUUGUA